AUGGAAUCACCAGAAAACAAGAAAGGAGAGACGACGACGACUCCUCAAGCAAGCCUUCUCCUUCAACAACAACUUAAAGAUCUCUGGAAGAAACCAGUGGAAGGGUUCUCUGUGGGUCUAGUGAAUGAAAAGAAUAUAUACGAAUGGAGUGUUAAUAUAAUAGGACCUCUUGAUACUUUUUACGAGUGGGGUUCCUUUGAUGCCAUCAUGAGUUUUCCAAAGGAUUACCCAUUCCAUCCUCCAUCGGUGAAAUUUGUUUCAGAGAUGUGGCAUCCAAACGUUUAUCCAGAUGGAAGGGUUUGCAUAUCAAUCCUUCAUCCACCUGGUGAAGACCCAAAUGGAUAUGAACUUGCGAGUGAGAGAUGGUCACCGGUUCUUACUGUGGAAAGCAUAUUACUGAGUAUUAUUUCCAUGUUAUCGAGUCCUAACGAUGAAUCUCCUGCCAAUAUCGAAGCUGCUAAACAAUGGAGAGAGAGUAACCAACGUGAUUUCAAGAAGAAUGUUCGCCGGAUCGUUGAAGCAUCGCUUGGAUAAUA